CGAGCUGACAGAAAUCACGUGACUCGCCUCACUGAGUCAUAUGGUCAGUCGCUCUCACUAAACAAGCGAACAUGGCGGACUUCGAGGAGCAGCAGAACUUGUUGGAGGAGGACGAUGAGAGCUCCUCCGGGGAACGGGGCUCUGCUUCGGGAGCCGACAGGCAGAUGUCCGCCAUCUGCGACCCCAGCCGUGCUCUCCACAGGGUGGUCGUCCUGACUUUUAUGUGCUUCCUGGGAUUCGGAAGUUAUUUUUGUUAUGACAAUCCAGCCGCCCUUCAAACCCAAGUCAUCCAGGACUUGAACCUGAACACUGCAAAGUUCAUGCAGCUGUACGCCUGGUACUCCUGGCCAAAUGUCGUCCUCUGCUUCUUUGGGGGAUUUCUGCUUGACAGGGUUUUUGGAAUCAGACUGGGCACCAUCAUCUUUUCCCUCUUUGUCUGUGUUGGACAGGUAAUUUUUGCUGCUGGAGCUUGGCUUGAUCUCUUCUGGCUGAUGGAAGUUGGACGUUUUGUUUUUGGCAUCGGAGGCGAGUCGCUGGCGGUUGCCCAGAAUACAUAUGCAGUCAAUUGGUUUAAAGGCAAAGAGCUCAACCUGGUGUUUGGGCUGCAGCUGAGCAUGGCUCGACUGGGCAGCACAGUCAACAUGAACAUUAUGGGCUGGGUGUACAACAAGGUUGCAGCUGCAGUUGGUUCACCUGGAUACUAUACGCUCGGUGCUUCACUCAUGAUAGCUGCAGUGACCUGCGUCUUCUCUUUAAUCUGUGCGUUGGUGUUGGGAUUCCUGGAUAAGAGAGCAGAGAGAAUCCUUCACAAAGAACAAGGAAAAACAGGCGAGGUGAUCAAGCUGACGGAUGUGAAAGAUUUCCCGCUCACGCUGUGGCUCAUCUUCAUCAUCUGCGUGGGUUACUACGUUGCCAUUUUCCCUUUUAUCGGACUGGGCCAAGUGUUCUUCAUUGAAAAAUUCAACUUCUCUCCAGCUGAAGCCAGAGCUGUCAACAGUAUUGUGUACAUCAUCUCAGCACCUGCAUCUCCAGUCCUGGGCUUCAUGGUUGAUAAGACGGGCAGGAACGUGGUUUGGGUGAUAACGGCGGUGGUUGCAACGCUCGCCGCUCACGUGAUGCUGGCCUUCACCUUCUGGAACCCAUGGAUUGCCAUGUCUCUGCUUGGCGUGUCGUACUCCUUGCUGGCUUGUGCUCUGUGGCCCAUGGUGGCCUUUGUGGUUCCCGAACAUCAGCUGGGAACUGCCUAUGGCUUCAUGCAGUCCAUCCAGAACCUUGGACUGGCUCUCAUCGCCAUGGCAGCAGGCGCCAUCCUGGACUCCAGAGGGUACCUGGUUCUGGAGGUCUUUUUUUGCGCCUGCAUUUGCAUUGCACUCAUCGCCGUGGUGAUGCUGUACUUUGUGGAUUACGUCAAAGGCGGGGAUUUGAAUCAGUCGGCUGCAGCCAGAGCCAAAGUCCAGAAAGAAGCCACGUCGGAUGCAGAGGCUAAAAGGAGACCCAGCAAGCAGACUCAGGGUGAUCUUGCAAGACUGGCACCCAUGUCUGCUUUCAGUCUGCGCAACCGCUACCUCUCCAGGCUGGGAGCACAGCUCCCGGACCACUGCUCGACCCAUCUGUCUUCGCUGCACAUUUAAGUGCCUUUCAAGAUGCAUAGAAUUUGUAUUGAGAUUUGAUUUAAUACAUUUGUUACAAUGAACUGUGAAAUGCAGCGCAUUUGCACAGCGCGGCCAACAGAGGGCGCCAACUCACGUUUAUGCAACUUUAAAUUUCCUUUCAAUCGAGCCACUAAAUGGGGGAACUUGAAGUAUUUUUAUUCUUCACAGGUUUAUGGAUCAGAUUGUUUUUCCAAGAAGUUAUUGAAUUUUUCUACCUUUAUUUUAAACAACUGACUGAAAAAAAAUAUGCUGUAAAUGUAUAUAGAAACAUAAAAAAUAAACAACAUAAAACUGUUG